AUAUAAAUUCAUCAUUGCAUAUCAAUAUAAUCAGAAAUCGCGAAAAGUUCAACUAUGAAGGUCAUUAUAACGCUUUCGGUUUUAUUUGUUACCACUUCUGGUAUCCCAAUUACUGAUAGCGACUAUCGUGUGUUCAGUACCAUUGUGGAAACUGCUCCGGGGGUGUACCAGUUGGAGAAUAGAACAGGUUCCAUACCACCUUACCAUGCGACAGAGAACGAUAUAAAAUUCUAUUUUGCGAGCCGCAAAGAUCAACUUCCUGUACUAAUCGAUACAAAAGAUCCAAGCUCAGUAGAAAAAACCUCAUUUUCACCUAAGAAAGAUACUUGGUUCGUAGUACAUGGUUGGAAGAACGACUUUUCAUCGCGCAUGAGAGAAAUAGUAGGCAACGCACUUUUGGAAAAGGAGGAUGUGAAUAUUUUUUGCGUGGACUGGAGCAGUAUCGCUCUUAAAACUUACCUUGAAGCAUUUGCAGCAGUUCCGGAUGUAGGCAGACUAACUGGAGAGUUGAUCAAAGUUCUCAUAACGGAUCAUGGACUUAACAUUAACAAAAUUUUUAUUGUUGGCCAUUCACUUGGAGCACAUGUCGCAGGGCGAAUAGGAGAAGAUUUCAAAGGAAAUCUGCCUCUAAUUGUGGGGCUGGAUCCAGCUGGACCUGGAUUUUUUUAUGAAAUAACAAACAACCGACUGGAUCCCACAGAUGCACAAUUCGUUCAUGUUAUUCAUACCAAUACUGCCUUUCUUGGAUUCAGGAGAACAUUAGGUCAUGUGGACUACUAUCCGAAUGGGGGCGAAUUUCAGCCAGGUUGUCCUUUAGAUAUAACCGGGUCGUGCUCGCACACAAGAUCUUACGAACUCUAUGCAGAAUCUAUAGUGAACGGUGGAUUUUCAGCAGAGAGGUGUAACAGUCAAUGGGACUAUGAUACGGGAAAUUGUGAAGAUAAUAUGCAAUCUCAGAUGGGAGGUUACUCACCUGACGAAGGGGUUUCUGGUAAAUACUACUUGAAAACAAAUGACAAAUCACCGUUUUCUCUCGGAUAAGCAAGGAGGAAAUCACCCAUGAAAGUCUCAAACAAAUAAAAUAGAUAAACUAUCAUUGACUUCCUUCCCGAAUGAUUUUGUAGCGCCGAUGUUCAUGAAAAUUAGGAUUUACCCUCUACUUCAAAGUUAACACGAUACCGGAGGAUGCUUUUACCCUGGGUGUGGAUGUAACCCCUUUCCGAGAAUGAGAUAUUUUUUUAUUGAAAAUAGAAUCAAUGAAUGGAUUGUUCAAUUGUAGGCAACUUCUGUUCCGUAUUUUUUUUCUAAAAAUCAAUACAAUAUGACUUAUUCGCGAGUUAGUGUCAAUUUUUUUGCCAAUUAACUAUCUCUUUCAGGUGGUUUCUCGCGAAUAACUCAAAGAGAGAGUGUUUCAUUGAAAAAAAUCAUUCCAUGUGAAGAAGUUUUUCAGAAAUAACAAAAGAAAUAUUGGUCUUCAGAAUCAAUACAAACAGAGUGAGAGCUUGUUGAAAAUUGAUUCGUAAUCGUCAAAUGCCAAAAUCGAAAGUUUCAACAAGAAAUACCCAUUCUUGAAAUGCUUCAAAAAGUUUCUAUUAUUUUUUUUUAUUGAAUUCCUUGGCAUCUGAACUAAGCAAGUUAUGCUGAAAAUUAUAUCGUUUCCUAUUUUUUCGGCAACAAAGAAUAUUAAAAUCACCCCCUGAUUACCACCCAAUAAAAAAUAAUUUUUCCCAGUUUAUUUAUAUGCUUGUAAUACACUCCAGAAGUUCAACAGGUUUAAAGUGCUUAGUAUUGAAAAAAAAAUUAGCUUGUAGUAAAAAAGACAUUAGUGUAAUUUUUCACAAAAUAACUCAAAUAAUACUUUUCAACUUAUAUUUAGGAAAAGAUUUUUUGCAGAAAUACGAAAAUGCUCUCUCACUUCACGCUCUUUUUUUUUCAAAACUGAAUUUCAGAAGAGGAAACGCACGUCGAGAAGAGUAGUGUAGUUCUGUUGUUUGUAUAAAGUUCUCGUUUUGGAGAACUGAGCAAUUCAAACCAGUCAAACUUCUAGAACACAUCUCAAGUACAUGAAUGAAGUGGAUUGUGAAGUGGAAACGUUUAUUUUGAAUUGGGGUAGUAAGUAAAGAGUGAUUUUAGCAUUUGUUUGUCGCAGAAAAAUAGGGAUCAACAUUAUUUCCGUAAUAACCCGCUUUAUUGUGAAACUAGGGACUUUUUACUUUUGACUAAUGAAAACAAACCUCAACAACCUAUUACUUCUUUUUUAUUGGGUCUACAAACAAUAGAAAUACAAUUUUUAUUAUUUUUUAGGCUAAAUUUCCACUAAAAAUUAUUUUUUCGAAAGAUAUUAUGAAAACCUGGGUAUUCUUGAAGAAAAAAAUUGACACUUUAUCCGCGAAUUAAUCAGGAACUAUCAAGUAUUAGAAAAAUACUUCACAAAACAAAAAUUAUUCAAUCUAUCCAACGAAACAUGUUUACCUCCAAAAAGAGGUCAUCCACCCCAAGCUAAAACCAACUCUCUGUAUAAGAUCAACUUCGAAGUAUAGGAUCGGUAGAUUGUUAAUCGAAUUUUUUUGCAAAUCGGUGCUGUUUAGAGAAUUAUGAAGUUUUGCCGUAUUUUACAUCCAUUCAUUUUGAUGAUGAGUUCAAUAAAGUCUUCAAUGUAUCCUUAUUUACAGUAAGAGAAGAUUAAACUGUAGAGUCAUAGAAGUGCUUUCAUGGAUCUCUAUUAUGUAUUGUUUAUAGUAUUAUAUGAUAAUAUAAAAUCGAAUGAA